AUGUUUGUUUUCUUUGUUUUAAUCACUUUGAUAACUUGUCUUCAAGCACCUCUUAAUCCAGCAAUUGACAACUUCUAUAACCCACCGAAACAUCUCGAAAGAAACAAAUUGGGUGAUAUUUUAAAAUGGAGGAAAGUACCAUUUCCGGUAACCAGUAUGUUUGUUAAUCUUCCCAUUUCCAAUGCUUGGCAAGUCUCAAUUAGGUCUCAAGAUACAUUAAACAAUCCUAUUGCCAUUGUUGCAACAAUUUUAGAACCUCCUAAUGGCAAUAAGAACAAAUUGAUAUCUCAUCAAGCUUUUGAAAACUCUCCAUUAUUGCUGUGUUCACCAUCGUAUUCCAUGCAAGUUCCAUCAUUUGAAACAUUUCAGAUCCAAGCAGAUUUGAUUUUUAUUUCAGGGUUAUUAGACCAAGGCUGGUAUGUGGUGGUACCAGAUUAUGAAGGACCCAAUUCAGUAUUUCCUGUAGGACGACAAUCAGCUUAUUCUGUAUUAGAUAGCAUCAGAGGAGCAAUUAAGUUUCUCAAUCCAACCGGACACCUGACGACAAAAACUGCAUUAUUGGGGUAUUCUUAUGGUGCAGUGGCUUCUCUUUGGGCAUCAGUUUUGCAACCUAAUUAUGCUCCAGAACUUGAAUUAGUAGGAGCAGCUGUUGGGUGCACCAUACCUAAUAUCACUGCAUUUAUUGAAAGGGUUGAUGAAGGGCCAUAUUCAGGUCUAAUAGUUAACAUAUUCAAUGGAUUAGCAAAUGAGUAUAGCCAUUUCAGGGACAGAAUAAUACAUUAUGGUGCAUUACAGCCCCUUGCGUGUUUAUUCCCCAUUUGCAAAAAAUUCUUCUUUCAAAAAAUGAUUGGCGGAGUCUAUGAUGCCCAAGUGUUAAAUGAUAAAAUCAUAAAGGAAACCAUUGAAAUAAAUAACCUUCUUGAAACUCAAACCAUACCACGAAUUCCAAUAUUUUUGUUCCAUUCAAGAUUCAACGAGAUGUCGCCAUUUUCUGAGAUUUUAAAAUUAAAAGAUCUCUGGUGCUCAAACCCAGAAGUUGAUCUAGAAAUAGCAGAAGAUAUGAGUUAUAAUCAUAUGGUUGAAGCGUUUUCGGGUAUGCCUGCAGCAAUCACCUGGAUUGACAGGAGAUGGAAAAAUAAUUCGAACUCACAAGGGUGUAAACACAUAUAUCGCUUAUCAAAUUUCGAAUAUCCUGGAAUUGCACCAUUUGUCAGUCAAUACUUUCGUUCAUCUUUAAAAAUGAUCCUAAAUAAUCGUUAUUUCAACAAUACACUAGGAUAG